UCAUAAAAUUAUAUGUGCCUGAAAUAAGCAUUGUCAUCUAAUGAAAUACUCUAUUGAUUGCCUCUCUGGAUUCUGAAUUAGAAAUGAAGUGUGCUGUAUUUAGCAUUGAUACUUCGUUACUAAAGAAUGAUGCUAUAUUGUUUGUUUUUUUGUUUUUGUUUUUUGUUUUUUAUUCUCUCGAUUAAAUGAAAAAUAGUUCACAUAAGUUAUAACUGAUUACAUAUGUUGGGCUAUAUUUAGUGCAUGUCUUCACCAUAUUAAAGCUAAUUAAUAGGGUCGGACUCAAUAUUCCUACAAUUAUGAAACCAAAACCGGUAAGUUGGGGAACCGUAAACGGUAAAACCAAAAAGCUGAAAGGAAACUUGAAAUAUCGAAAUCAUGAAGAUGCUGUCUACCUUUUGUCAGAUGGCCACGGAUACAUGCCAGUCUUAACUACUUGAGUGAAAUGGAAGACGACAUCUUGGAAUACCCUGAGAUUGAGGUGGAUCCGGUGUAUGUGACAGUUACUAGUAACGCCUCCCGCAUUAGUACAGACUCUGCAGAUGACCUUGACUGGCUACAGCACUCUAAACUUACAGGGGGCAUAAUUAAGUUCCUGUAUGAUGGGUCCACAGAGGAAAAAAGUCAUAAGGGAUUCUAUGUAUGUGUGGCUGAAGAUGCUGCUGUUGAGGAUGUGGCCAAGUAUAUAUCUAAAGUGUGGAGAAAAAGGAAUCCCGACAUCAUUCUGUCUGUCAUCUCCAGUCUCAGCCACUACAAGAAAUGGAAGAAUAAAGGGCAAGUUGAUGAUCUGCAAACUGGUUUGAUUCAGGCCAUGAAUUCUACCAAUAUGUGGGUCUUGACAAAUGGAUUAGAUGGUGGAAUUGCAAAAAUAGUAGGCGAUGCUGUACGCUUGGAAAGAGAGAGACGAUAUAUUCUGAGAUCUCAAGCUCAGGACCCUUAUCUAAAACUGACUAAGAAAGAGGAAUUGGAUGAACUUCCUAAGAUGACUGUGAUAGGCGUGGUUCCUAAGCUACAGCUGGACUGUUCUGCUAGUCUGGAGGGAAUACAUGACUCCAUUAUUUCACUAAAAAAAACUGGGACAAAAGAAGCUAUGGAGCUGAAUGGUGAACACUCUCAUUUCAUCAUUAUGGAUCAAAACACAGAUAUGAAGGAGUUGGAGAAUUUCCGGCUCAGGGUGGAAGAGAGACUGCUGAUCCCGAUAGGCCGGGGGAAAAAGUACAGGAAAAUCAAAAUGUUUGAUCCAACUCUUAAUGCUGGAUCAUCCAUCCCAGAAAAUUUACCUGUAAUUACCAGCACCUGUAACCCCAUGGUAGGCCUCUUGAUACAGGGUGGACCAAUAGAUAUUGAUCACGUAGUGGAUCUCCUCCGCAGAAAAGUUCCUGUUCUUGUUGUACAGGGGACUGGACUGGGUGCUGACCUUAUUUCUUUUGUGUACUUUGAAAAGAUUCACCAUGAAGGAGAUGAGUACGAGUCGUUUGUUAAAACUGAGUUAAUCAAGAGAAUGAUGAACUGUUACCCGAAGGAUUUUGUUGAUGAUGAACUGGCCCGAAAUCGAUGCAGGGACAAGAUAUUGGAGUGUGUCAGUCUUGCCCAUCAGGAGAAUGGACGAUUCUUGACUGUAUUGGAUAUUAAUGCGGAUCCUGAGGGGCUGAAAAAUUUGGACAAGUAUAUCCUAUUGACAUUGUUUGAAUCUCAAGGGUCAAAGAGAGGGAGUCAGUUUCAGGAACAAUUCCAGUCUGACCUUAAGCUGACCUUGGACUGGAACAGACCAGAUUUAGCAGAAUCACAGAUAUUUGAGAAAUAUGAUUGGACAACUAUUAAGAUUACACCAGAAUUAUUUGACAAGGCUUUGUUGAAGAGAGGGAGGGAGAAAUUUGUGGAAAUCUUCCUGAACCGAGAAUCCAUUGUCUUGCAUGAAUAUGUCAACUACAAAAAACUUUUGGAUUUGUUCAACAAUAUGGACAAGCCUGAAUUCUUCUGUCACCUCUGCUUGGAGGGAAUUCUUGCCAAAUCCCCAGUUGUGAAGAAUAAAAAGGGGAUGAGCUACCCAGUGGGCAAGGACUUCAUUAUUGGUCAAAGCUGUGAACUCAAUUACCUGCUGUAUAAAUUGACCAGUCUAGAGUGUCUGGUAUCCUCAUAUGACCUCUCAAUGAACUCAGUUGGACAGUAUGUUUGUGAUAAAACCACUGCAGAGAGGAAGGCCUUGAAUGCAUUGAUCUAUUGGUCAGUGCUGACCUACAAUCCAGCGGUGACUAAGGUUCUGUGGAAGCGGUCAGACCAACCUUUAGUGAUGGCCCUCAUGAUUAGUAUGAUCUGGCACAACCUAGCAGUAAGAUGGUGCAGGGAUCUUGAUACGAAAAGACAACUUAAAGAUUCAGCUAUAGAGUUUGGAAAACAGGCGGUGAAGUUGUUGGACCUGAGUUACAAAGAUUCCUGUCUGACUGCUAUUGCCUCAUUAGACGAAAAGCUGGCAGAGUUCAAUAACAAGACGACAAUAAAACUGGCUCACAUAGCUCGGAAUAAAUUUUUCAUUGCUCACAAAAGCUGUCAGAAGUGGCUGAUUCAACGUUGGCAUGGCAACCUGCUUAUUAGGGAGGUGGAUUACGGAGUAUUUAAACUCCCAAACUGGCUCAAGAUUUACCUGAGUGUUCUUUUCAUUUUCCCAAUGUUGUUCUGGAUUACCUAUGAGAUUAAGGAUGGCAAGGAAGUAAAAACUACAGAGGAGGAAGAAGAAUUUGAUUUAGACCAAAUGGACACCCCAGAUAUGAUACCUCUCAAAUGGAAACAAAAAAAGAGCACAAGAGGAAAAAUGAAAUACCAAAUGAGAGAGAUGUUUUCCUAUGGUAGACAGAACUUGAAAGUGCCCAUUUACCUGCAGUUCUACUACCUGUGGAGUGCCCCAAUUACCAAGUUCUACAUCAGUCAGAUGUUCUACAUCAUGUACUUGGCCGUAUUCAGUUAUGCGGUCAUUAUUCCAUCUUGUGGAGAUUUUUACAUUGAUCUGGUGGUGUAUUUUUGGACUGCAAUGAUCUGGGUUGAAAUCAUCAGGAAAACCAUAAUCAAAAGAAAGGAGUACAAGGAGAUGAAGAUUUUGUGGACUGUGAUAGAGAUUGGCCUGAUUGGUGCCUUCCUCGUUGUCAUUGGUCUGGUUCGAAUCAUUCCCAAGUUUGUACCCUUCAUCAAGUACACCACUGCCAAGUUUGUCAUGAGUCUGGGCCUCUUGUACUUCUACUAUAGGUCGCUCAGUGUGUUUCUGCCCAUCAGCCCUGUGCUGGGCCCUAUGAUGAUCAACUUCAAGGCAAUGAUGAAGAAGGACUUUGUGACAUGGCUGAGGAUGUUCCUGGUGUUUAUGAUUGCUGGUGGUAUCACCAUUCAGGCUGUUCUCUACCCUAACUAUCCCGCCUCUGAGGAGGGCAUUGUCAAAGCUUUCAGCAGGGCCUUUUUUGGGAUGUUCCUCACCAAAAUUGAUGACCUCGACAGUAAUCCAAUGUGUGAAAGCUUUUAUGCCAAUCAGACAAGGGAAGUUUGCUUUAAUGCUGCAGCUUCCUUUUGGCAAAGAAAUACAAGUCAGAUCCGUUUUCGUCCCGAGUUUGCUGAAUGCCCCCAUCGAAGCUUUGGAGGGUAUGCCAUAGUGAUUCAGUACCUCGUCAUCACCAAGCUUAUUCUCCUAACCCUUCUGUAUGCCUUGUUCAGUGUCACCAAUGCCAAAGUUCAGUCCGAAUCCGAGGAAAUUUGGAAAUACCAGGUUUACAGCAUCAUUGUGGACUUUGAGACACGCCUCAGACUGCCUGCUCCAUUCAAUUUCAUCAGCUACAUCAUCAUGUUGAUAGAAUUCAUCUUCAAGAAGCUCAAACUCUGCAUGAAGAAGUGCUGUAAAUCUUCAUGCUGUAUGAAGGACAAAGUGGACAGUAACAACAAGGUGUCAGUAGUAAAGGUUCACGGCUCUGUAGACUACAGCUACUGGAAGAACUGUAUGAAGAAGCUGAAUGAAGAGGCAGAGAAAGAGGAGAGGGAGGCGGCACGGCCUAAAGAACAAAGUCAAAGAAUUCAGCAGCUGGUAACACAGUCUAAAUUGCAGAAGGAGUUCAAUGACAAAAUGACAGAGCAGAUGUCAAACUUGGAGCGUCAGCUAAUUACAUGUAGUAUAGCCUUGGAACAGAUUGCUCACAAAAUAGAUACUAUUGAUCCAAAGGCACGGCCAGAGUUAGUGACGUCUGUCUCUCUACAUAUGGCAAGCCGUGAGUCACCCUACCCCAACACCAAAUUCCAGAGGUUCCCGGUCUUCGAUAAAUAUGUCAGCUGGGAGGAGGCUUAUUCUACUUAUGAUCCAGUGUUGUACACCAAACCCAUUGAUGAAUACAGAGAGUCUGUUCAAAGUUUGGUGGAUGCAGAUUUUAUUGAGCUUGCACAGCAUUUGGAGAUGAGCAGUCAGAGUCAGGAUGAGAGAGCCAGUGUAUUGUCAGCGUCAGGGUAUCAGAAACCGCUGUGGAAUCUGUCGGCUACGUUCAUCAUCAACGACGCCAGUGUGGAGGUUAACAGAUUGUCCUGGAUUACAAGAGACGGCUUGCCAGUACGAUAUGAACUGGACUCAUCUGACAUACCAAUAAACCCUAUGGGUCGGACAGGCAUGAGGGGCAGGGGGAAGUUGCGGAGAUGGGGCCCAAACCACUGUGUGAUGGUGGUGGUGUCCCGAUGGAAGAGAUAUCUGUCUACCAGCCAAAACCAACAGAACUUCAUGAAAGUGGAUGGCAAGAAAGUCCUGGAGGUGGUUGUCCUACAGAAGAAGGAGUCAGGGGAGUUCACUCUGCCCAGUGGGAAAGAGUAUGGCAACAUGUCUGUAUACUCAGCUAUGUGUAGGAAGUUCUUGGAUAAUGUUUUCCAGGAGAAAACUGCCUUGAUUGACCCUGACAUGACAGCACAACAAAUGGUCCAGUUCUUUGAGCAGUUUGUAGAGCCCCACCCAGGACCCUUCACUGGAUUCACCACAGAGCAAAUUUACAAGGGAUACAUGGACGACCCCUGUAACACAGACAAUGCCUGGAGAGAGGCGGAGGUCUGGAACAUACACUACCAUGUCCCGGAUAACCUUGACCUGAAGAUCAAGGAUAAAGAGAAAAAAUGGAAAGAAGUGUCUUCAUAUCUCAGACUGCCUGGGAACCAGAAUCUUAUUGUGCAUGAAGCAGCUCGAAAUCAAGGUGCCUACUACUAAAGGUUUCCACUUAAAGCACAAGUUUUUACCUUGUAUUGCCAGUCCUUAUACAUGAAGUGUCCUAUUAAUUAUAUGGUUGUAUACAUGGUGCUAGUGCAAUUCUUGUAAUGCAUUUUUACUCUGGUCUUACGAGUUUACGUUUUAUUUAUCUGAUGAUUUUUUUCAAACUUGUGUAUCACUCGUUUUAUUGAUAUCUUUAUAUUUUUUAAAAAAAAUGAGAUAUACACCUUUGCUGUGUUUGUUAUUUUCUUGGCGUGCCAAUUUACACAAGAGUAUCUUUUCUCAAUUCCACUACCUUGUUUAUUUCAAACCAUCAAGUGUUCAUUAUUUUGUCCAUUAGGUUGUGGCAUGGGGGACACAUAAAGAUCUUAAUGUUCUGAUCUAUGUCUGUCCUUCUGUCUGUAUGGAGUCAUACAUUUACAGAAAUAAUUCAAGCUUUCUUAUCUAUGUUAAAUAUUAGUCACAGUACAAUUCAAUAUUUGAUGGAAGCCUAAGCAAUAUCCAAGGUUAUUGUUUGCAAUGUUUCUUGAACACUCUGGUAUACAUAUAGAAGUGCUGUUCGGUGUGAAUUAAAUUAGACAUGUGUUCAUCCACUUGUGUCCAGUGAUGUAUUUGAACUAGUCAGAAGUUCAUCAAAGUAUGAUAUGCAUAACGUAACAAAUACAUGUGCUCUCUUACUGUUUUUAGAUGUAAUGAUGCACAGUUUAAUUGACUUGGCUGUUAUUGAACUGCUGAUAUAUAUGACAACCUUCCUUGUCGAUUGUCAUUCAUAAAAGAGAUCUUAUUUAAAUUCCCACCUUUGUAAUUAUUUCUACUAUAUAAUUGCAUGUUGUUUCCAUUUAUGAUAGAAAUGUAAUUGUUGUCCACUAGCUUUAGUAGAAUUUUUAAAAAAAAAAAAAAAAAUUUUUUUUUUUUUUUUUUUUUUUUACAUGUAUGUGAAAAUUUGUAAACAUGCUUUCAAAACUCGAUUGUUACAUGGACUUGUAAUGAAAUGUGGAAAAUAUUAAUUAUACACCAUUUGAUAUAGCGUACAUAAGAAUCAAACCAAAUGUAUGCUUGCAUACCAUUUACUACUGUGUAUUUAUAGAUACAUGUACAUGAUGGUAGUGUCUACAUUUCAUUACUGUGCCACUACUCUCUCAUUAUUAAGGGAUCUAAAUGUGGUUUGUGUAUGGUGUCAUAGUACUGGUCAUACAUAGCACAAAGGUUUGGUUUUUAAUAAAUUUGUUGAAAAUUAU